ACACACACACACGCUAGUCCCUGCCUGGUGGUAAAACAAGGGUUGUUAUAGAGGUUGUAGCGGGGAAGGUAUUUGGUUGUAAAGGUUGGCGCGCUUUGUGUGGUUGGGGCGCGCGGCAUUGUGGGAGCGGCCAGGUCGUCAACAUGUCCGACGUGGAGUGGGAUGCGGACGAUUACGAGCCGCCGACAGCAGCACCUCCGGUGCCCACAGACAAGUGGGAUGGCGAGGACGAGGAGGACGAGAUUAAGGCUCGAAACCUUGCUGGUCAUGACAACUGGGAUGAUGAGGAUGAGGAGAAAGAAAAGGCAGCGACGACAGACACUACUGUACUUUUAGUUAAAAAGAAAAAGAAAAAGAUAGCGGAUAUUAUUGCAGAGAAAGAAGCAAAACAAACAGAGGAAAAUGAAAAACGGAAGAGAGAGGCAGAGGAAAGGGCGAAAGCCAAGACCGCAGAGGGAAUAUUGGCUGAAAAAAUGAGACUUCAAAAGAUACAGGAAGAUUCUGACUUACAACUAGCCAAUGAACUUCUUGGGACUAAUAGCAAUCCUGAAGAAGAUACAAGUAGUAAGCUGUUGGAUAAUAUAGAUUUAUCAAGUAAUGAUGGUUUGACAUUAUUUAGAAAAGCUUUGAUAUCCAAGAUUAGAACUUCGGAGCGUUUAGAAAAGCGGCCGUUCUUUAUUACAUUUGUGGAAGAUGUUUGUCGAGACCUGUGUCAAAACCUUGAGACGGAGGAAGUGAAGAGAGUAUCAUCAGUCCUCACCUCGCUCUACAACGAGAAAGUUAAAGCUGGCAAACCCAAAAGCAAGAAAAAGGCAGCAGGAAAGGCCAAACUGAAUGUGGGACAGGGCGCUCUUGUUGAUGAUGUUGGCAAUGAUUUUUCUGCCUACACUGAAUAUGAUGAUUUCAUAUAGUGUAUUAUUAUAAUAGACAAUUGCUUUCGUUUGGCUUCCUAUGAGGUUUUCUUUGUAUAUACUCAAUUCCAGGCUUUAAAAAUUGAGUGGAAACCCUAUUGGGUAAAAUCUGGAUCAGUCAGGCAUAUGAAAAUAUAUUUCUAUGUAUUUUUCAAAUUUUUAGUCCAUGUAUUUCCAUAAUUGCAAGUGAUUGUUUCCGAUGCUAGUUUGCAUCCCAUGUCCACAAACUUCACUUUGUGUAAAGAUACACGCCUCCUCUCUCUGCUCGAUACUUACCAAUGCGCGUUUGAAUGUUAAUUUACAUCACAUUCAUUGUCAUGAUAGGCAAUGGUUAAAAUCAUAAAUUUGUUUGGAAUUGAGCAAUCUGUUAUAAUUUUUAGAAUUGAGAUUUACUUGAACCUAAACUCAGCAGUCUAGUAAAAUAAUUACUUCUAAAGCCUCGGUUGUAUAAAAAUUGCUCGGUCUUCUGAAUUUAAAAAAAGGACUAUAUAAAAAAUAGGCAGCCUUGGUGUAUAUUGUAUUGAUCAGGUUGUUACUGUAGGACCCUAAUGACUGCCCCUACAGCAUACACUUCCAUACUACUGUAUUUGAAACAAAAAUAAUUAAUGCUUAUUAUUUGCUGUUACAACUUGUGGCCUUAAAUUUUCUCCUGUGAUUGGCCGUUUUUCAGUUAUACUUGUAUUUAACUCGGCUCUUCACGUUCUAACCAUUCCUCCUCACCUUUUAUAAGCAGCUUUGAAAUUGGCCACCUUUAGGAUUGUUCACAUAGUUUUUUUUAUUAUUAUAUAUAUUUUUUUUUUUGGCUUUGGAAAGAAUGGCAAUUUAUCAUUUACUACUAAUAAAAAUGUUUGUUAUUU